AUGGAAAAUAUAAUAGAAAUUUUAUUUACAGUUAUGUUGAACACUGUUUUAAGUAAGUUUAUAAUUAAUUAUGUUAGUGGUACUGUUCAAAAUCAAAAUUCCCGAGAUAAUUCUCUUGAUGGUUCUGGUGGUUCUGGUACUCCUGAUGGAACUUCUAUGUUUACUUCUCUUGUUAAAUUCUUCAAUAAUCAUAGAAAGAUUAUAAUAAUAUUAAUACUCUUUAUAAUAGUAGUUAUUAUUGUCUAUUUUAUGAUGAGAAAAAGUUCUUCUGAAGAAGUUGUUGAUGAAAAUAUGGAAGUAAGUCCAAGUGAGAUUUGA